AGAGUGCAAGGAAUGCAUCCAGAGUACUCAACAUGCAGACCCUGGCACAGCAGCGCUGAUGGAUCGUAACUGCAGUGUACCAGAAGGGCAGGUCAAUAUUCUUGUACUGCAGAGGCAAGGCUAUCUUGAAAAACUGCCAGAAAUGCAUGCUCAGCUGCAUCAAUAGCAGCCAGCAAAGAUUUGGGCGGAGGGAUACGGAGCUUAUUCACGCUGCUGCUGCUGCUUAGUCAUCCAAGAUCAAGUAGAGAUUCAAGGACAGACAGCCCACAUCCAACCACAAGAGGAGUGUUCUGAACUGAGGAUGGAGAGCUCAAGAGGGACAACAUACCUGAACAUGGCUGCGGUGACCUCUUGGGUGGGAGUCACCCGAUUGUUGCAGGCAGCAUUUGGAUGCACGACAUUCAGCCUUGUGGCUCACCGUGGUGGAUUCAGUGCGGCCUAUGGCACCUUCUGCAUGUCUGUCUGGUGUUUCUGUUUUGCUGUCACUAUCUUUAUCCUCACCUGUGAGUUCACGCACCUCCACAGCUGCCUGAGCAUCUCCUGGGGAAAUUUCACAGCUGCUUUCACCAUGCUUGCAACCCUCAUGUCCAUCACAGCCGCUGUGAUCUACCCAGUUUAUUUUGUCCAGUGGGCCUGCCAUCCCAUCGGAUGCGAGGUGAGAGACUUCCGCAUUUCUGCUAGCGUCUUUGCAGGCCUUCUAUCUUUGGCUUAUGCUGCAGAGGUAUUUCUUACUAGGGCUAGGCCGGGACAGGUGACCAGCUACAUGGCCACAGUUUCUGGCCUCUUGAAAAUUGUUCAGGCAUUUGUUGCUUGCAUCAUCUUUGGAGCGCUGCUGAAUGACAGCCAAUACGAUCGGUUUGUGGCCACCCAGUGGUGUGUGGCAGUUUACAGUUUCUGCUUUGUGGUGACGGUGGUAGUGGUCGCCCUCAACGUCACAGGGAGGACAGCAAUGCUGCGGUGCCCCUUUGAGCGCUUUGUGGUCAUUUACACAUUUGUGGCGGUUCUGAUGUAUGUGAGUGCAGCAGUGAUCUGGCCGGUGUUCUGCUUUGACAGUAAAUAUGGCUCUCCACACCGUCCUUACCAGUGCUCCAAACGCAAGUGCGCCUGGGACAGCCAAGUGCUCAUUGCAGUCUUCACAUAUGUGAACCUAGUGCUUUACAGUGUGGAUUUAGCAUACUCGCAGCGUAUCCGCUUUGUCUCACACCAUUAAUAGCAAGCCUUGACAUGACAAAGCCAUCAUGGACUUGCAAGUUAACUGAUUUGGGACCUGCCUGGAGAGCUGGUACAUGCAGGGCACACUAAAGCAUGAAAUAUGAUCAGAAGAGUGUGAUUAAGAAGAGACGAGUCAAUGGAAAACAUUGGGGAGUUUGGAUUACAGGUUUUACAAAAUGUAUGAAGGAAGGCCUUUUCUAGUCCUUGUCAGCUGCUUUAUUCCCUCCUGCCUGGGAAUACUGCUCAUGCGGCAACACCCUCAUUCCAUCAAAUGUGUAGACUUGCCACAAUAACAGCUUUACAGGCCAUCAUGUACUCUCAGUGUGCGUCAAUAGAUUUUGAACUCUUGACUGUAUCCAAGAAUUGUUGGGUGGUUUAAAGUUGUAGCAGAUGUAGAAAAGUGUCUGUAACAUGAAUGAUAAUCUGCCAAAUUCCCAGAUCAGCCGUUGAGUUUCUGCUGGUUGUUGAGUUUUUCCCCAGUGGAAAAACUGGGAGACUCCACUAGAAAUGUCAGAAGAAGCAGAGGGAAAGAGGAAAUGUGGCAACAAUGAAGAUUUGAAGACUAAGAACAUCCUCUUUUGAAAUUAUGGAAUAACAAUAUUUUAUGCAUGUAUUUGAUUGUAACUGGUAGAGAUAUUCUUGUUGGGGACAGACUGAGAAGGGAAGAGAAUUUUGUAAUCGAAAAUGGGGGCAGGGAAGGUUGCUGUGGAUAGAAGAUCCUCAACUAAUUACUUCCAUGUUGACUUCCUUGAAGUUCCACCAAGAAGUAUCUGGAAACACCUCUACCCACAGAAACUGUGGCUAUAUGCAAGAUAUUAGCCUUUUGAACCAAAGCCAUUAUUUGAACAAAAGUGAACUAUUUAGACAAAACAAAACUGUUUUUAUUUUGUUUAGUUUUUGUGCUCCAUUAGGUAACAUGCAUAAUUCCUUAGCAACUUUGGCGCCUUACAAGCUGCAGAUUAGUUCAUCAUUUAGAAUAUGGCUUAGAAUCCUCAGAUCUUUUGCAAUUCAAAAAGGACAUACAUACAAUUUCCAUACAUCUAGCCACAAAUGCUUGUUGCCAGACCUGAUCCCACAAUGUGUCAAUUCUUGGUUCACAGCUGAGAAGCUACGUGUGCAGCCCAUUGUGGCGCAAGAAACCUUUGCUGGUCUCUUAGAGACUGAAUCACAAUCUUCUCCAAAGACAUUUUCAAAUAUAAGAAACCAGAGCAAGCUGUUUAUUCAGAUAACUCCUUGAAAAUGUGUGUGAAUUAAGUUGAGGGGUUUGAUUCCAAUCCAGAAUAAAACAUGGCAGAUUGGAAAAAGUAUCUAGGGUUUUCUUUAACAGAUCUAAAGUAAUGUGACUUGAAAAGUUACACCUGUAACUUCAGAAUAUCUAUGUAUUUGCAUUUGUCCUCUUCCUUGAAACAAGAUGACCCACAUCUCCCUGCCCAUAGUGCAUCUCCUUUUGCUAAAUAAAUAUAAACUCAUACUAUGGUAAUUUCCCCUUUCAACUGAACACAAAUCAAGCUUUUCUCAAUCUAAAAAUGCACAAUGAUUUAUUUAGUGUUUGCACUGUCCAGUGGAGUUCAGAUGCAUAUAAAAACUGAGUUACUUGCCCCAUUCAGACAUUAUGUUGUACAUAUGUUUAAGAAUCUGUACAUAUGUACAUGUUUUUGUAUGAAUGACUGUACAUUUAUUUAUUUUAAAAGUGUACCUGGGUACAGGACCUUCAAAUGCAUGGUACAGAUAGGAAGUGUACUGCUGUUCAUCAUAACGCAUGAAUAAUUGUACCUGUAUACAGAUCUGUACCUGUGUACAAUGUAAACAGAUUGCAUAUGCACUGCAUGUAACAUGUGAAUAGGACUACAAAAUGGCUGUGUUCUGAAAUGAGGCCUCAAAUGUUUCCAAAAGAAGCCUUUUCACUAAGGAGACAGAUUGAGGGUUGCCAUCCAUUCAUGGAUUUGUAUGGGUUAUUCUUAUUUUCCAAAAUUUCAUCCUCCACAUAAGUAUUUAUUUAUUCAUUCAUUCGAUUUCUAUACCACCCUUCCAAAAAUGGCUCAGGGCGGUUUACGCAGAGAAAUAAUAAAUAAAUAAGGUGGAUCCCGGUCCCCAAAGGACUCACAAUCUAAAAAGAAACAUAAGACAGACACCAGCAACAGUCAUUGGAGGUACUGUGCUGGGGGUGGAUAGGGACAAGAAGAAAACAAAUUGUGGAUUGAAUAAUUUGUGUACUUUUUAUGUUCAAAACUGAGACAUAACUCAGACUAACAGAACCUGCAACUGCAUAAGUGACCCAAUCAGUAUGUUUUAUUUAUAUUUUAGGGGUGUCAAUGAAGCAGUGGAUGUUCUGAGAAGUGUGUCCCAGUAUCCUUUCUGUGAGACACUGCAAGGGAUCAUCUAUUGGAAUACUUAAAGAUCCACCUCUCAGAUCCACCUUAGGAUCUAGCUGUUUGGGAACAUUUUAUUUAUUUAUAACACGUUCUAUCUCACUUUUCUCUGACAGAACCCAAACAGCCAACAAGAAGUAACAAAACAAUUAAAAACUAUAAAUUACAACAUGUUUUGAACUCAGCUCUGCCUAACAAAACCAAAUCCUAAAUGUCACAUUAAUUAGGAACAUCCAUUUGAGUCUCCCCCCCCCCGCAAAUGCUUACUCACUGCACUAGUUAAAAGAAAGAAGGUGGUUAAGAAUUAAUUGCAUCAGCUCCUAUCAAAGCAGAAUGAUUGGGUAUUGGUGUGACCAGAAUAUGCAACCUGUAACAGUUGCAUAUUGUCCCUGAUGUCUCCGAUGUCUCUGAUGUCUCCGCAUAUUGUCUGCAAUGUCUUCGAUGUUGCUUAACAUCUACAUGAGAUCAUCAGGAGAAAGAUCAUCAGGAGAUUUGGUGCAGGGUGCUAUCAGUAUGCUGAUGACACCCAGAUCUAUUUCUCCAUGUCAGCAUCAUCAGGAGAUGGCAUAACCUCCCUAAAUGCCUGCCUGGAGGCGGUAAUGGGCUGGAUGAGGGAUAACAAACUGAAACUGAAUCCAGAUAAGAUGGAGGUACUCAUUGUGCAGGGUCGGAACUCGAGAGACAAUUUUGAUCUGCCUGUUCUGGAUGUGGUCACACCUCCCCAGAAGAAACAGGUACACAGUCUUGGGGUGCUUCUGGAUCCAAGUCUCUCCUUGGUGUCCCAGGUUGAGACAGUGAGUGGCCAGAAGUGUCUUCUAUCAGCUUCAGCUGAUAUGCCAGCUGCCCUAAAAACCUAUAAAACCCUUAACAGCUUGGGUCCUGGGUAUUUAAGAGAAUGUUUUCUUCGUGAUGAACCCCAUGGCACCGCCCAUUGUGAUCAUCAGUAGAGGUCCGUCUGCAUUUGUCACCGGCUCGUCUGGUGGCUACUCAGGGAUGGGCCUUCUCUGUUGCUGCCCCGAGGCUUUGGAAUGCGCUCCCUAGUGAAAUAAGAGCCUCCUCAUCUCUGCCAACUUUAAAAAAGGCUUUAAAGAUGCAUCUGUUCACCCAGGUUUUUAAUUGAUAUUGUUUUGAUUGUUUUAAUGUUGUUUUUAGAAUAUUGUUUUAAAAUUUUAAAUUGUGUUUUAAAUUUCUUGUUUUGUUUUUGUUUUUAAUUAAUGUUUUACUUUUGUUUUUAUUUUGUAAACUGCCCAGAGAUGUAGGUUUUGGGCAGUAUAAAAAUAUGUUUAAUAAAUAAA